AUGGAGAAGUGCAAUCCAGUUGCGACACCUUCCGAAAAGAAUGUAAGUUUUGACAAUCCACCAGUUAAUGAUUCACAGGAAACAUUUCCGUAUCGAGAGCUUAUUGGUGCCUUGAUGGAUCUUUCUGUGGCGACAAGGCCAGAUAUUGCAAAUACUGUCUCAAGAUUGGGACAAUUUACUUGCAAUUCAAAUAAAUGUCAUUGGUUAGCAGCGAAACGUGUGCUAAGGUAUCUGGCUGGAAGUGCAAGUCUUGGGCUUGUAUAUACAAAAAAGAAAGAAGCCUUAUGUGGAUACACUGAUGCUGAUUGGGGAAAUUGUGUCAUAGAUCGUCGAUCGUAUACUGGGUAUGUGUUCUUACUCAGUGGUGCAGCAAUUUCUUGGAAAUCAACAAAACAAAGAACUGUUGCCCUUUCCACUACAGAGGCUGAAUAUGUAAGUUUAUCUGAAGCUUCAAAGGAAGCAAUUUACUUGAGAAGUAUAUUGCUGGAGCUUGGAUUUUUGGACUUUGCUAAAACUAAAAUUUUUGUUGAUAAUCGUGGUGCACUGUGUUUGGCAAAUGAUCAUGUUUUUCAUGCACGCACUAAGCAUAUCGACAUCAAACAUCACUUUGUUCGAGAAUCUGUUGUUGCUGGGAUGUUUGUGUUGCAACAUAUACCAACUGAUCAGAUGACUGCAGAUAUUCUUACCAAGCCGUUGAGUCGUGAAGUUCACUCGAAAUGUACUGAAGCACUUGGAUUAAGAAAACUAAAUUAA